AUGUCGAACAACCAUAUACUGUAUAUUUACAUAGAAGAAAGAAUACAGGUAUCGGCAAAAAAGGCCGUGUUGUCAUCCGGGGGAAGUAAUUUCCGAAUUGAGGUGACAGGAAGUGAAUCCAUGGUGUGUCCGGUGAGAGAUUUCUUUAAUGGAACCUACGUCGCAUAUUGUGAUAUCCACUCCAGUAUACAGGGUACAAUAUACUUAGACUACACGGACUUUGAAGCGUUCAGACACCACGAUAACGAAGAAUGUAAUCAUCCCAAUAGAAUUCACAGAAUUAUCCACUCGUUUAAUUAUGAUCACCCCGAGAAACGGGGAUCGGAGAAAGAGAAGACAGACAGAUCUAGAGACUGUUCCGAAACAAACAUUGAGGACUACCUCAUUGGACGCUGGUGGAAAAUUCAAGGACAGUGGAAAUGGGGAACAGAAAGCAGGUGUAUUUUCGAGUUCAUGAUGCUUGCAAACCAGAGUGCCCACAAUCUUGUCAAACAUUCCCUUCCCCAUUUUGUGGACUUCUUGCGCGACGUAAGGAAAAACCCCAAUACUGCAAACAUCCGCCUGAUUUACCUAAAUAUUCUGCCGAGGGUUUGGGGCCAGAUGGACGGGAAUGAUUACAUGGUUGCGGCGGUCAAUGAAAUCAUCGCAGAGAAGCUGGAAGACAUAGUGAGUGACCCCCCCAAAAGUGACCAGUACAGGACAGAGAUACCCAGACCACUCUGGUCACCAGUUGUGAUUAAGGGGGCAGAAUGGAAGAUCAGGUUACCAUGGUUACGUCAAGCUCGUUUAUCUACAGGUGGCAGCAGCAGCCAAGAGGUUCCUCCACAUCUGGAUACCGGUGUUAUAGACUUAAAGGGGAUUGAACUCCCACCUCAGCCCACAAAAGACACUGGGAACAGCCAUGCUGGACCAGCCAUAGAGGAGCCAGCAAGUGAUAAAGGCGCCAACUCUAAGCCCGUGGACUCUGGGAAGGUGGUAUUUUCUUUUACCAAGAAGAAUUCUCCACUACGAGGGGUCUCUGCAGUGUUUGCCAAAGAUUCAGCUGAAGAUGAAAAGAAAGACGAGGAGGAAAGCUUACCCAAUCUGCAGGAGAAUAAAGGUGUUCCAAAUGGCCCACAGGAAAACAUGGAGGAAGAGAAAAGACCAGACUUGGACAGUGCCAAACUGACAGAAACAGGGUCUAAACCUGCAGCCAAACUACUGGAGUCAUUUGUCAAGGUGAUUGGCCUUGAUGAUGUCACAGAAUUGGAGUGGCCCAGUGAAAUGGUGCAAUAUACCACAACAGAGCCAAAGCUCAUGUUCUCCUGCAAUCCACUGUACUUUGACUUCCGUCUGCUGGGAGCCAAGAACAAGGUGAAGGAUGCAAACAAGCCUGAAGAUGGCAGCACUAAUUCAGCAGGAGGUGAUGGCCCAAAGGUGGCAGCACUUGACAGUGAUCUGAAAUUAGAUGUUUCAGCAACAAGUGUUACUGAUGAUGAAAAGGCAGCUGUAGAUCAUGGCAGUGACCAAGAGGCUGACAAUGAGGAGAUGGAAGAGGAAGGCCUGGAGAUCAGGCCUCCUGCCACACUGAAGAAAAAGAAGAAGAAGAAACACAAGCGUAAGGAGGAAAAUGAUGACAGCGAGAAAGAAGAAGAAGGGAAAGAGAAGAAACACAGGAGACAUCGACACAAGAAGAAAAAGAAGAAGAAAAAGUCUCAUCACCACCACCAUCAUCGUGAACGAGAUCAGAACCAGGAAGAGGGGAAGAGCACAGAAAAGGGAGAGAAAAUGGAAACUGAUGAAACAGGAGAAGGGAUUGCUGAAGUUGAGGCAAAACCAGAAGAUGGCAAUGAAAAGACUGAGACCAAAAAGUCACACAAGAGGAAAAGAUCAAAGAAAAGAAAAAAAUCAAAGAAGUCCAAGAAAUCAAAGAGGUCCAGAAUGUCUGUGUCAGAAGAAAGUGGAUCUGAGAAGGAACACACCGGAAUUGUAGAGGAUAAGGGCAAUUGUGAGGAUAAAGCUCCAAUCGGGGAAGCAGUAAUCAAAAAGGAAGAGCCAUCUACUGUUCAGGAGGAAAUUGAAGAGACCAAUGAGUAUGGCAGCAAAAAAGUAAAGACAAAGAAAAAGAAAGAGAAGAAAUUAAAAACAAGUAAAAAUAGAACACCAAAAUCUGGUGCUGAUGAUGAAAAAGAGUUGGAGGCAGAAAGUAAAAAGAUUGAUACUAGUGAAGGCGUUAAUGACAGUAAGACUGCUAAAGUAAAAACUGAGCCCGGUACCAAGAGUGAAGAAAAGAGAAAACUAUCUGAAAAUGAUCCUGAUGAAGAGCUCAAAGACAAAAAAAUGAAAACUCCCAAAUCAGAAAAAUCAGAUGGAAGUAGCAGAGGUCGGGGUUCAAGCAGAAGAGGAUCUAACAGAAAGCAAGCUUCAUCAGGGGAGGACUCCCAUUCAGAGAGUGAGACAGCACUAGCAGCCAAUGCCAAAGCAACCAAAGAUAAAAAGCCCAAUCAUCCUGCUGUAGAAAAGGAGGACGGUGGUAAAAAGACUGCGGUGAAGACCGCUAAAACAACAGCCUCUCCCGGUGUGGCUAAGAAAAGACAGCAUGAGCAAGAGGUUGGAAAUUCCAGUGGACAUGCUGGAUCUAAGCGUUCCAAACAUGAAGAGACGUUCAACAGCUCACAGAAGUCUAACAGGAGCAUAGGUCCUGAAGAAGGAAAUAGUCAUCAACAACAUGCAAAAACCAAGAACGAGAAGACAGAAGGAGGACCAGCAACACCGUCCCAGUCUAAGUGGGACACAAGCAGCGAUGAGGAAGCAGCCAUUUCUGCUUUAGAUCGCGACAGUGCCAAGAAGCCAACUGAGGCAGCCAUAAUUGGGUCAGACAGGCAAGAACAAAAAAGCAGCCAACGUAGUCAUAGAGAAGGGACCGAUAUUAAGACUAAAGAGGAGAAGAAAUCGGACAGGAGAACUAGGUCAAGGAGUAAAUCCAGUGAUCACAAGUCCAGGCAUAAAUCAAGGCAUCACAGCAGUAGGAGUAGGUCCAGAGACGACUCAUAUUCUUCUGAGAGUGACUAUGAUGAUGACAGAGACAGAAAAAAGAAAAAGAGGCGCAGAAGUUAUUCUUACACAUCAGAAAGUGAUUAUGACCACUCCAGAAGUAGAAGUCGUACUCGUUCCCGGUCUCGCUCUCAUCGGUCUCGUCGCCAUCGAGAUGACUCCUAUAGCAGCUAUUCUGAUGAUUAUCACAGUCGCAGCAGGUCAAGAGGGCGGUCCUACAGUAGGUCAUAUAGCAGAAGUUCCAGGUCCAGAUCUCGCUCUUAUUCUAGGGACAGGCAUAGAAGAAGAUCUUACAGUAGAAGUAGGUCUAGAUCCUACUCAAGUAGAAGUAGAAGUCGUUCCAGACACAGGCAUUCUAGGUCAUACAGCAGAUCUCGCUCAAGAUCUCGUUCACGAGGGCGGUAUAACAGAAACAGAAGCUCGAGGCACAGAUCGCGAAAUCGUAGCAGAUCCAGGCCAUUGAGAGAAAUGAAAGCAAGCCCAGACAACAAAUUCAGUUCUGUGAUUCCAAAGAGAGAGCCAAAGCCACAGAGGGAAAAGAAAGUGGAAAAGACAAAAUCUUUUGAUCCCCAGCAGCUGGUCCAGUCAGUCAAGGUGAAUAAGGAAGAGGUGGCCCCCCAGGCACAGGAAUUACUGAAGCGGGUCAAGGAGAAGAAGCAGACAGGGGAAGACGGAGCUGAGACUUCCCCUGGCAAAUCCAACAAUGAUGGCAAAGCUUCAGACACACUUACUGUGCCUUUGAUUGGGAAACUGCCAGGGAAGCACAAGAGCACUACAGGGGAGGAUGCUACAGGGGAAGGUGAGGACUCUGAGGAGAAAGUGGAGCUUGAUAUUCCUCUCCCGGCUGGAGGUGGUCCAGGGAAACCAUCGGCAAAACCAACCACUCCAAAGUCGAACUCCCAGAAUGGGCCAAACAUUCCUCUCCCUCCAACCCCAGGGCCACGUCCUCCUCAGAAGGUGCCAGUACAGUUGACCCCUAGGUCAGUCAACAGGAUAGAACAGAGCAAAGACGUCAGAUUCCCAGGUCCUCCCUUCCCUGGUGGAGGGCCAAGAGGACCACGCCCACCCCUGGCUGGUGCUGGAGGAGGGUCUCACCGUCCAAAUAGCCCUCACCCGCCUAUGCUACCCCCUCCACCGCCCCCUCCUGUCUUCCACAACCAGCAAAACCGCAACAAGAACAACAAUAGGCGGAAUAACAAGAAGCAGCAGCAACAACAACAACAGCAACCUCACCAGCAACAUCAGAAUCAACAGUUUCCCAACCAGCAGAUGAAGCAUCAGUCACCUCACCAGCAACAGAACCAACAACAACACAACCACCAGCAACAUUCUAAACAACAACACCAACAGCAGCCUCAGAAGCCUCACCAGCAGAACUUCAUAGGUCCUGUUAAGCCAGGCGACCCGAUACCUGUGGUGGAGGAGAAAAAGAGCCCAGAGCCUGUGGAAAUUAAGCCAUCGUUUGAGAUCACCCCUGAGCAGGCAGAGCAGUACAAGCACCUGCAGCAGCAGGCCUUGCAGCAUGUACAGCAGAAACAGCUCCAGGAAGCUCAGGACAGGGGUCUUGUACCCGUCCACAUCAACGUGGCUGAUCCACUCAUGGCGGAGGAGGGGCGGUCCAUUGCCCUAGACGAGGAUGGCAUGGAACUGGUGCAGCUAGAGGAAGACGGUACUCAGCAAGUGCCACAGCAGGUCACUUGGAUUGGCAAUAGAUGCGUGGUGUUUUCUCAGGCUCAGCAGAUCCUGUUGUCUCAGGCCCAACAGCUGGGGAUCCCUCUCUCUCAGGCACAGUAUGUCCAGGCAGCCACCACCACCUCGCCCAGCCAGCCACAGCUUGUCCUUCAGCAGGCGGCCACACCAGUGCCAUCCCCCCAGGCCAUCCAUCCCAGUGGUAUCCCAGUCCAGGCACUGCAGGGCAUGCAGCUGGUACAGGUGCCUGGGAUGCCUGGGAUGCAGGUGGUACAGGGAAUCCAGGCAUUGCCAGCAGGAGUUCAGCCAGGCACCCCAGUGCUUGUGCCUGCCUCCAGUUCCUCAGCUGCCAUUGCUCAUGCCCAGGCCCAGGCUCAAGCGCAGGCUCAGGCCCAAGCUGCCCAGGCACAUGCUGCCCAGGCACAUGCCCAAGCUCAAGCCCAGGCUCAGGCACAAGCCCAAGCUGCAGCCACAGGGCAACCCAUUCCCAUCCAGAUCCCAGUGGGCCACCAUCCUGUUGGUAUACAGAUGAUAAAUGGGAUACCACACCAGGUUAUAGCAGCCAACCAUCCGCCGGGACAGCCACAUGCUGGAUUACCAGUCCAGUUGCACCAUCCUGCUGCCGCACCACACCAUCCUCAGCUGGUGCCGGGACAGACCAUGCUGAUCCACACUCCUGCCGGGAUACAACAGGUGGUGGCAGGCCCACACCAUGCCGCACUGGCUGCAGCGGCCGCCGCAGCGCAACAACAGCACCAUCAGCAACAGAUACUGGUGAACCACCCUAUGAUGAUGCAGAGGAUACGUAUGCAGCAGCAUCCAUGAUGAUAGCUGAUAAUGUUAGAACCAGCUCAAGAUGAAUAUUAGACAAUACCAGCAGCAGAUAUAGCCUUGCUGAUGUCUGUGCUGUGGUAUGCCCUGGACCAGCAGAGACUAGCAACUUAUGUGGCUGUACUGUAAAUUAAUGUCAGGGUCAAAAACAAAUGGCUGCUGCAUGAUAGAGCUGUGUAUUGUGGUGCUCAGGCAGAAAGAUUUUCUAAAGAGAUGAGGAAUGGAAGGCAUGCCGAAGUAAGGUGGAAUUGAAAGAAUUACAUUGUAGCAUUUAUUCCUCCCGAUUGGUGUAAAAUAAGUAAACUGUAAGAAAUCACCUUUUUUCUUUUUGUAUUCAUAAAAGAUCCCAGGUGAUUUUUCAGGAGUAUUUUUUAACUGGUUAAGUUAUGAAGAGGAUCUUUUUUAUAUACCCGUUAAAGAAACUGUUAAAAAUGUUGAAAAGCUUCAUUGCUUGUUUUGUAAUGUGUAAUUUUUUAUGGUGCAGGCAAGCCAUUGAUUUCCAUGUUCAAGAAGACAUACUGUGUUAUUCUUGUAAAUUGUCCAGUAUAAUGUAGAUGUAAUGGAUUCAAAUGAGCCUGUUCUAUGCAGAAUUUAUGGAAAGAAAAUCUGUGCAAUAAAGUCAUAAUUAUGAUUUAUGAAAAGAGAUAAAAUGGCAGAUGUUUCAUCUUUCAUUGGUGUAUGCUUGGAUUUUUCUGGGAAGUUUUUUAUGGUAGCGUAUGAUUUUGCGGCAAAAUGGCCCAUAGCACUGAACAAGAUGAAUGCAAGCUUGUUAUUGCUUUUUAUAUUCAGACCCAUUGGGAAGGAUAACUGAAAUUCACAGAGCUUUUGUAUUGCAGCUUGGAAUAAUUUUCUUCAGCUUAGUCAUUUGUACAGUUGUGAUAACUUAAUUAGUGAAUUGUUAUCCGAAAGCCGCGAAGAAUGCAAGACGGUCAAUAUAUUUAUGAUGUGCAAAAUAUGCUAUAAUUGGCGAGUCAGUUAAAUUUGACAUAAAAUAAUAAAGGUCUUCUGCAAGACUUUGUUAAACCCACAUCUUUGAUGAAAAGAAAUUCUGAGAUUCAUUUAGUCUGAAUUUGCAAUAUUAUAGAAAUUAUUUUUGACAUGGAUGAUUUGCAUUCAGAUAAAUCCUUUGUUGGCAAGUGCUGGGAAUUUUUCACUUUGUGGUCAUAUCAUGGGGUCACUUAUACUGAGGAAAGCUUUCUUACGAUUAAGGAUUGUUCUAGAGAAUUAUGUUGAUUCAGUCUUUGCUCGACCUGUAUAAAUUAGCUGCAUUCUGGCCAUGUGAAUGAGAGGUGUAUCUUGUGACCAAAGCUCCAGUACGUAGUAGCUAUAGGUGUAAGCAGCACUGUGUGUAUGAACGUUCUGUAACAGCUAACAUUGUAUCAUGAUGCCAUAGAUUCUGUGUAUGUCUUGUAACUGCUGCAGAACACUGGUUCCCAGGUUGUAUAUUGCACCAAAUAGAAAUGUACAUUUUUUUUCAUUGAAGAAGGGAUUUUUUUUUUGUUACAUGUAUUAUUCAAAAAACAUGAUUAAAUUGCUUUAAAUACAUUUUAUGGGACUGUGUUGUAAAUUUGCAUUGAUGGCAUCUCCUUAUUCAGGGGCUAGAUAUAUGGGAAUAAUUAUAAAGCUGUGGAUCUUACAC